AUGGCAGAACCAGCGAAGCGCGCAAGAGUCUUCUUUGACGUCUCGAUCGGCGAUAAACGUCCAGAGCGAAUCACUUUCGAACUCUACACAGAUAUCGUCCCCAAGACAGCCGAAAAUUUCCGGGCGCUCUGUACCGGCGAGAAGGGGAUCGGAAAGUCCGGAAAACCGCUUCACUACAAAGGCUCCGGCUUCCACAGGAUUAUCAAGAAGUUCAUGUGCCAGGGUGGUGACUUUACAGCCGGUAAUGGAACUGGGGGAGAAUCGAUUUAUGGAGAGAAAUUUGACGACGAGAACUUCGAAAAGAAGCAUGAUAAGCCAUUCUUGCUCUCCAUGGCCAAUGCAGGGCCCGGCACCAAUGGAUCGCAGUUUUUCAUUACUACUGCCGAUACUCCUCAUCUAGACGGUAAACAUGUUGUCUUUGGACAUGUAAUUAGCGGAAAGAGUGUUGUUAGAAAGAUGGAAGACACGAAAACCGAUCCCCAGGACAAGCCUGGAAGACCUAUUAUCAUCCAAGACUGCGGUGAACUCCCGCCCGGCGAUUCCGGCAUCAUCGAGCUGUCUGAUGAUGGAACUGGCGACAAGUACGAAGACUUUCCGGAAGAUGCCGAUGACGCAAUCGACAUUGAGAAAUCCUACAAGAUUGCUAGCGAUAUUAAAGACAUCGGAAACGCUGUGUUCAAAAAGGGUGACUUGGAACUAGGUAUCGAGAAGUACCAGAAGGCGCUCCGAUAUAUUGUUAGCUGGGUUACAUUGAACCAGGAAGAUGGAACUACGGAGCAAAUCAAAGCGAUGAACACCCUUCGCUUCAGCCUACACUCAAAUUCGUCCCUUCUCCAGAGCAAAUCGGGUGCUUUCAAAGAUGCAGAGGACUCUGCUACCAAGGCUCUCGAAGUCCCUGGUAUUAGCGAUGCUGAAAAGGGCAAAGGAUACUUUAGGAGAGCACAGGCCAAAUUAGGCCUGAAGAACGAACAGGGAGCCCAGGAAGAUUUGGAAGAGGCCAUUAAGUAUGUUCCAAAUGACGGGGCGGUCAAGAAAGAGUUGGAUACCAUUAAGCAAAAGCAGGCUGAUAGGACCGCAAAGGAAAGAAAUGCAUACAAGAAUAUGUUCAAAUGA